CCAUUCAUGUUUACGUGCAGCUGUACUGUACUUCCACAUCAGACAAGUGAGAGGUGUGAAGCGAACGAGCUCUAAAAUAUACAGAUACGGUUUAAGAUACGAGCAAUGACACAGUCGUAAGCUCGACGAAGAAGGAUCGUUUGUAGUCACUUGCCAGUCUUUUGCUGACAAGUUGGCUCUCAUGGGAGCACAUGAGGAACACUCUUUUCUACUGCAGACAUUGAAGGGACCAGCAGUUCUUCACCGAGAACAUGGAGAAGAUGUCACGAGUAACCACAGCCCUCAGCAGCAAUUCUAUCACUGGCCGAACUAUGUUCUGCCACUUAGACGCCCCUGCAAACGCCAUCAGUGUGUGUCGUGAUGCCACACAGGUGGUGGUUGCUGGCCGCAACAUCUUCAAGAUCUACACACUGGAGGAAGAGCAGUUUGUGGAGAAGCUGAACCUCCGCGUCGGUCGCAAACCCUCGCUCAACUUCAGCUGUGCAGAUGUGAUGUGGCACCAGAUGGAGGAGAACCUGCUGGCAACAGCUGCCACCAAUGGGGCAGUAGUCACCUGGAACCUGGGAAAACCCUCUCGUAACAAGCAGGACCAGCUGUUUACAGAACACAAACGCACCGUCAACAAGGUGUGCUUUCACCCCACAGAGGUUUACAUGCUGUUAAGUGGCUCUCAGGACGGCUUCAUGAAGUGCUUUGACCUGCGGAAAAAGGAGUCUGUAAGCACUUUCUCAGGUCAGUCAGAGAGUGUACGGGACGUACAGUUCAGCAUGAAGGAUUACUUCACAUUUGCUGCAUCAUUUGAGAACGGCAAUGUCCAGCUGUGGGACAUCAGACGGCCAGACCGCUACGAGCGAAUGUUUACUGCCCACACUGGUCCUGUGUUUUGUUGUGACUGGCACCCAGAUGACAGGGGCUGGCUGGCAACAGGAGGCAGGGACAAGAUGGUGAAGGUGUGGGACAUGACUACUAACCGACCCAAGGAGAUCUACUGUGUGCAGACAAUUGCCUCAGUGGCACGAGUCAAGUGGCGUCCAGAGAAGAAAUUUCAUUUGGCCACUUGUUCCAUGAUGGUGGACCACAACAUCUACGUAUGGGACGUUCGCAGACCUUUCAUUCCCUUUGCCACCUUUGAGGAGCACAAGGAUGUGACCACUGGUAUCGUGUGGCGCCACCAACACGACCCCCACUUUCUGCUUUCUGGCUCUAAGGACAGCACGCUCUACCAACAUAUGUUCAAGGAUGCCACUCGUCCUGUGGACAAGGCUAACCCCGAAGGCCUGUGCUUUGGGUUGUUUGGCGAUUUGGCCUUUGCAGCCAAAGAGAGUCUAAUCAGCAGUGACACUAACAGAAAGCCCUACCCUGGAGGUGAUCGUCGCUAUCCCAUCUUUUUCUUUAAGAAACCCGACCCAACGGAACAGUUUGCCCAUGUGUCCAGUGCUCUCAGUGUCUUUGAGACAGACUUGGAUAGCAACCGUAUGGACUGGUUUGUCAAGACGGCACAACUCUACCUCCUCAGCGGGAAGCCGUUUGCUGAGCUGUGUGAUCACAAUGCCAAGGUGGCGCAGGAGCUCAAAAGACCUCAGGUUUCUACAACAUGGACCAUGCUGAGAAUCAUGUUCUCCGACCCAGCAAACCUCACAGCCCCUGGUCUUAACCACAACCUGAGUAAACUGGGGCCCAUGCCUUUAAUGAACAGUUUCAGCAUAAAGGAAAUAGGGCCAGGAGUGGGCACAGAGAGCAGGCUGGAGCGCAGUAAAGGCGAGAGCAGACAGGACAACAUCCACCUGGAUCCUGGGAACUCGCACAUCAGCAACAACGAAGAAAACGAGGAGACAGAGGGCAGCGAGGGCCAGGCCGAGUAUAUGUUUAUUGAUGCUGAGCUAGAUGAUGAUGACCUCUAUUCCAUGGAGCAUGACAACCAAGCAGAAGAGCAGGAGUACACUCUGCCCCAGGAGGCCUUUCAGCUGCGCCAUGAGAUCAUCGACAACCCAUCCGCUCCCGAGCACCUACAACAAGACAAGGCCGACUCCCCGCACGUCAGCGGCAACGAGGCGGAAGUCACUUGUCUCACACCCAUCGAGUCCUUUUCUCUCAUCUCCAUUUCCCAGCCUCUGUACAACCCACAUUUACCCGCCAGCUUCUUCUGCCCCAUUGUGCGGGAGAUGCUGAGUUACUAUGCCGAGCAGGGGGAUGUGCAGAUGGCUGUGUCUGUGCUCAUCGUCUUGGGGGAGCGGAUUCGUAAAGAGAUUGAUGACCUGACCCAGGAGCACUGGUACAUGUCCUACAUAGACUUACUGCAGCGAUUCGAGCUGUGGAAUGUGUCCAAUGAGGUCAUCAAGCUGAGUACAUGCAGCGCCAUCACCUGCCUGAACCAGGCAUCCACAACACUACACAUUAACUGUAGCAACUGCAAGCGGCCAAUGAGCAACAAGGGCUGGAUCUGUGACAGGUGCCAUCAGUGUGCCAGUAUAUGUGCCGUGUGCCACCAUGUGGUGAAGGGUCUGUUUGUGUGGUGUCAGGGCUGUAGCCAUGGUGGACAUCUGGAGCACAUAAUGAACUGGCUGAAGAGCAGCGCUCAUUGUCCGGCAGGCUGCGGUCACCAGUGUGAGUACACCUGAGCUUUUCACAAGCAGCAUCAACACAGCUGCUCCUCUGAGGGGCCGGGAAGCAGCCCUCUCACACACACACACACACACACACACACACCACAGACAGAGGAGAGGUUCUACUCCACCACGCGGGCCGGUCCGACAUCAUUCAAAGGUCCCGUGGACUUAGUUUGAAAGAAGAGCCUUCUACUGUAUGUGCUGUCCUGGACACACAUUCAAGAGCAAGUACAAUCAUAUGCGAGUUCAUAUUUGCAUUUGAAUUUGAUUUCAAACCAUUGUUAAAUUUAAACAUGCUACACUAGAACAUUGAAGAAUUUAACAAUAUUUCUGUGAAUGUGACGCAUUUUACAUGGUUUUUAACCCUAGAGGCAGUUAAUGUACAUAGAACUGCUCGUCUUAAAUGGAUUGUUAACGUUUGUACAGAAAGCUUGAACCUCGAAGGUCUGUAGAUGAUAUGUAUUUAAUUUAUAUGAAAAUUAGCUCUCUAUUCAAGCAAGACAUUAAAGCAGUACAUGCUGAAAAGA